CCCUCGCGGUGACAUCAGCAGGGUCCUGCUCUCUCUUCCCAUCGCCAAAGACUCACAAAGGACUACAACUGGAUAGUCGGGAACUCGCAAAACUACGCCCGUUUGAUGCAUUUAUUCCAAAGGAUUUAUUUAAGGGACUUUUACUAGACACCAUGGAAGGCUGUUGAUGGCUAACUCUGCCUUUGGCUAAAACGUAACUCAGGAGAGCAGCAUGAACACGUAGGUUGGGUGUGCAGGGAAAUAACCAACAAUGGCCGCCCAUCGAAUCAGAGCGACAAACAACAACAUCGCACUGCCGCGCUGCAAGUCAGAGGGGACACUCAUUGACCUCAGUGAUGGAGUGUCUGAAUCCAACUGUCUCACAGAUGUCAAAGUGCCUUCUCCCAGUGCCUUAAGACUGGACGCCACUGCCUCCUUCGGCACUGCCAGGGAAGUCGUUGCUAUUAAGGAUUACUGUCCCUCCAGCUUCACCACCCUCAGGUUCUCCAAGGGAGAACAUCUCUUUGUGCUGGACACAUCGGGUGGAGAGUGGUGGUACGCCCACAACAGCACUGAGAUGGGUUACAUCCCUGCGACAUACGUCCAGCCCAUCAACUACCGGGACUCCUCCUUCAGUGACAGCGGUAUGAUCGACAGCCUAGGAGACUGCUCUGUUGAGGAGGGAGCCAAGGAGCUGGACCUCCUUGGAGAUUGGACCGGGGUGAUGCUGAAACCUACUGCCCCCCAAAACGGGAACCCCUUUGCCCCCCAUCACCAGCACCUUAGCCGUAGCUCCACUAACCCUUUCCUCAACGGGGCCCUUCAAGGUUCUUUGGAUCAGAACAGUAAUGAGAACAGUAAGUCAGUGGACCUUCUUCUUUUUGACAACCUAGCCUCCUCUGUCCCACCAAACUCUACCAGCAGUAGCAUCAACAUCAACGGCUUUGGCAGUGGCAUUUUCGAUCUGAAACCCAUCAGCCCCAGUUUGGGAGUGGGCCAAAUGUUACGCAGGGACAACCCAUUCUUCAGGAGCAAGCGAUCCUACAGUCUCUCAGAACUUUCAAUCCUGCAAGCUCAAAAUGACGUCCCUCAGGCAUCCUCAGGUUUUUUUGGAGGCCUGAAAGCCCCUGCACCUGAACAGUUCCAGAGCAGAGAGGACUUCCGGGCGGCGUGGCUCAAUCACCGCAAGCUAGCCAGGUCCUGCCAUGACCUGGACUCCUUGGGUCAGAACCCAGGCUGGGGACAAACACAGCCAGUGGAGACCAACAUUGUGUGCCGUUUAGACAGUUCUGGAGGAGCUGUCCAGCUUCCAGACACCAGCAUCAGCAUCCACAUCCCAGAGGGCCACGUGGCCCCUGGAGACUCCCAGCAGAUCUCCAUGAAGGCCCUGCUGGACCCACCGCUGGAGCUCAACAAUGACCGAACAACGACCGUAAGCCCUGUGGUGGAGAUCAAGCUCGGUAACAUGGAGACCAAAACCACAGUCACCCUUGAGAUGACGGUGUCCGUUAUGGUGAAGAACGAGAGCAGGCAGACGACAAAGGUCAUAUGUGUGAGGAGUGACUGCAAGGAGGGGCCCUACACACCAAUCCCCCAAGCCUAUAUGUAUGGGGACAACAUCCAGGUCUGUCUGGAUAACCUUGAGCCGUGCAUGUAUGUGUCUGUUGUGGCCCAGGCCCAGUCAGUUGCUCCAGAAACCACUGUUUGGGACAACGUGGUGAAGAAGGUCACGCUCGGUGUCUAUGGUCCCAAGCACAUUCACCCAUCCUUUAAGGCUGUGGUGGCCAUCUUUGGCCAUGACUGUGCCCCAAAAACAUUACUGGUGAGUGAAGUAGGGAAGCAGGCCCAUGCCACCCCUCCAGUGGCUCUUCAGCUCUGGGGGAAGCACCAGUUUGUCCUGGCAAGGCCCCAGGACCUUCGGGUUGGUGUUUACUCCAACAUGGCCAACUAUGAGGUAAAGGCCAGUGAGCAGGCCAGGGUGGUUAGGGGUUUCCAGGUCAAACUGGGAAAGGUUAGCCGGAUAGUCUAUGUGAUCGCCUCACGCACUGCUGAUGAUGUCUCAGAUUUCACAUUACGUGUCCAGGUCAAGGAUGACCAAGACUGUAUUCUCGCCCAGUUUUGUGUUCAAACUCCAACACCUCCACCCAAGACCGGUCCACAAACAUCUGUGCAGAGGCGCUUCCUGAAGAAGAAGGAACUAGGGAAAAUUGUCUUGUCCCCUCUGGCCAUCACUACCAAAUACCCUGUGUUCCAUGACCGACGAAUCCGCAACCUGAAGUUUGGCAAGUUGAUCAAAACAGUCAUCCGUCAGACCAAGAACCAAUACUUACUGGAGUACAAAAAGGGGGAUUACUUUGCCCUUCUGAGCGAAGAGAAAAUCAAAUUGAAGGGACAGUUGUGGACUAAGGAAUGGUACAUCUGUUACUAUCAGGGUAGAACAGGGCUUGUACAUGCAAAAAAUGUUCUGUUGGUGGGCAAAGUAAAACCCAUUUACUUCAGCGGUGCUGAACUAACCACUACACUCUUACUGGAUCAGAUCCUGAAGCCCUGCAAGUUCCUGACGUACAUCUAUGCCUCUGUGAGGACUAUACUGAUGGAGAACGUAGGAAGCUGGAGGGCGUUUGCCGAUGCCCUGGGUUACGUUAACCUACCGCUCUCACACUUCUGCCGUGCAGAGCUGGACAGCGAGCCUGAGAGGGUGGCGUCUGUUCUGGAGAAGCUGAAAGAGGACUGCAAUAAUACAGAGGGCAAGGAGAGGAAAUCCUUCCAGAAGGAACUCAUGACAGCGUUGCUGAAGAUGGACUGCCAGGGCCUGGUGGCCAGGCUGGUGAUGGACUUUGUCCUGCUGACCACGGCGGUGGAGGUGGCUGGGCGGUGGCGGGAACUGGCUGAAAGGCUAUCCAAAGUGUCCCGUCUGCAGCUGGAUGCAUACGAGGGACCGCACAGAGACAAGAACGGAGUGAUGGACAACGAGGCCAUGUGGAAGCCAGCCUAUGACUUCCUACUGACGUGGGCUGCCCAGAUUGGGGACAGCUACCGGGACGUGAUCCAGGAGCUCCACAUGGGCCUGGACAAGAUGAAGAGCCCCAUCACCAAGCGUUGGAAACACCUGACGGGAACGCUCAUCCUCGUCAACUGCCUGGAUACGCUCCGGAGCUCAGCCUUCAGCCCCGCCUCUCAGGACGACUGUGCCAUAUAGACCAAACUGACCAUAAUCAUUGUCAUCAUCACUCAUAGGGUGCAGCUUGUCUCCUUCCCUUAUAUCUCCGCUAAUUGGAAAGCAAUUUAUUUCCCACCCGUAUAGAUGAUAGAAGAGGAUGAACCUUUGGACUGUUGAUACAGACUCCGCCUCCUGCUGUCCUUCCUAUGUCCAUCACCAUCCCAUCCCCACCCUUGACCCAACCCCACCCCUGUGGAUCACCCCUGUGAUCAUUUUUGCAUAUCUUCCUAUGCUCCGCAACCUUAUUCCCUGUUUGUAUUGAAGAUUCUGAACAACAGCUGUCUGUCUGGUCCCUCUGAGUCUUGCUUCCUCUGAAUCUGCCUUUAGUCCUUAUGGGGGUGAGGGGCUGGACUGCUAGACUACUCCCAGGAGGAUUAGACUGCUAGACUGUCCCCCCUCACUCCUAGAAGGACUAGACUCCCCCUCACCCCUUGGAGGACUAGACUCCCCCUCACCCCUAGGAGGACUAGACUCCCCCUCACCCCUAGGAGGACUAGACUCCCCCUCACCCCUAGGAGGACUAGACUCCCCCUCACCCCUAGGAGGACUAGACUCCCCCUCACCUCCAGGAGGACUAGACCCCCCGCUCACCCCUUGGAGGACUAGACUCCCCCUCACCCCUUGGAGGACUAGACUCCCCCUCACCCCUUGGAGGACUAGACUCCCCCUCACCCCUAGGAGGACUAGACUCCCCCUCACCCCUAGGAGGACUAGACUCCCCCUCACCCCUAGGAGGACUAGACUCCCCCUCACCCCUAGGAGGACUAGACUCCCCCUCACCCCUAGGAGGACUAGACUCCCCCUCACCCCCAGGAGGACUAGACUCCCCCUCACCCCCAGGAUGACUAGACUCCCCCUCACCCUCAGGAGGACUAGACUCCCCCUCACCUCCAGAAGGAUUAGACUCCCCCUCACCUCCAGGAGGACUAGACCCCCUCACCUCCAGGAGGACUAGACUCCCCCUCACCUCCAGGAGGACUAGACUCCCCCUCACCUCCAGGAGGACUAGACUGCUAGUCCUCAACCACCCAUCUUUGUAUAGCCACCAGCCAAACUACACAAUGCUACAGUCUCAGUAUUCACAAAGACUAUUUUAAUCUUCAUUGUCUGGCAUAGUAUGUAUUUUUUUUACUCUAAAUAUGGCACAGCAUUUUUUAAAGACACUUUGACACCUUUCGUUCAUAACUGUGGACUCGAUCCAGUGCAAAGACAACGUUUCUAAAUGGUAUCCUUGUUCUCUAGCCUUGUCACGUGUGUCAAACGAGCUAAAUAUAAUGUGUUUAUUUAUAAAGCGUCGGAGUUGUUCAGAAGAAAGCGCUCUCUUAUUGUUUCCUCCUACUGUGGUCCGUUUUAAUUCAACUACUUUGUUAGUGAACAUAUUUCUAAGGGCCGAGUGAAUAACUGUGCAUAACUCACAGAUUAACUUUGUUCUUUCAUUUAAAAUAAAUUCAUCUCUCACCGCUUUUUCACCUCUCUUAACUAUCUUUUAAAAGGAAACCAUAUGGCCUGCAGUUAUUUAUAUACUAGACUUAGUGAAUAUGUUGUACCGAAGCUGGUCACCAGUUAAUAUGACUCUACAUAUAACUACAUAUAUGCCUCAUUCAAUAUCCAACCACUGUUACAAUGCUAAAACUCUGUUAAAGAUUCUGGGUAUGUUUUCUCCCCUGUUUGUGUUGUUAAUACACAUUUCACAUCUGUUUUGUGGCUGCAUACUUUUGUGGAGAAUAUAAAUAAAAAUGUGAAUAUUUUUUACGCAAUUCAUUAUGCUGA